AAUACGGUGAUACAUUUAGAAAAUUAUUUGCAUGCAUUGAGAAAAAGAAAAGAUUGAUAAUAAUAAUAAUUCAAAAAAAAAAAAAAUAAAUAAAUGACGAGAAGCAUACAAAAAAAAAUCGUGUUCACCAUCCUUGUGCGAUAUCUACUUCCGCGUGCUUCAUAUAUUUCCUUUCUUUGUUUUUUCUUUUUCUUUUUUUCUUCUUUUCUUUUUUCCUUUUUUAAAUGUGAUUAAAGAGCGUACCCGUGGCAAGUAUUAAAGUUGACGUGUGCACGAGAGGUUUAUUUGCGGCGCGUUUAUUGACCGUCUCGUUUGAGUCAUAAGCGCCUACUUCAAAAUUAAAACACGCCUCGUUGAAAUUACUUCAGCCGAAUAUCUCUAAUCUCAAUAAUGAAAUAUGUUUCAAGGGGAUAGAUUGACAGUGUUGGUAAGAGAGAAUGAGAGAAAGAGGGAGAUAGAGAGAGAGAGAGAGAGAGAGAGAGAGAGAGAGAGAGAGAGAGAGAGAGAGAGAGAGAGAGAGAGAGAGAGAGAGAGAGAGAAAGAAUCACGAAUUCCAAAGAGAUAUUUUCAAAACAUGUUAAAAUCUAAAGAACGACCUUGCUAAUAAAAAGGAAAAAGAAAUAAAAUAGAAGGAUGAAGAAGAAAAAUGAGAAAAAAAUAAUAAAAAAGAAAAAAAAAAACAAUUCUACGAUUCUACGAUAGAGAAGAAGAAACACACAAAAAAGAAAAAAAAAGAGAAGUAGAAGCGAGAUUUUUAAAAACUUGUUAAAAACUUAAAGAACGACUUUGCCAAUAAAAGAGAAACAAAAAAAAGAAAAAUAAAAAAUCGACGACAGAAGAAGAGAAAAAAAAACACAAAGAGAAAACAAAAAGAAGAAGAAGAAGAAGAAUUAGUCCGAAACGUCCGAACAAAAUUUAAUGGUUUUCCUUGCAACGAAAGAAGUGUGGUUCAUUAUUUUAAUUUUAAUAAAUUACCGUUGAAUCGUUAAAAAAGAAAGAUUCAGUAACUGCUGAAAAUAACAGGGAAGAACCGAACGGGAAGAGACGAACGCGGUUUCUUUUGUUACAUCAAGGAAAUAUAACGCAUCCCUCCCCUCUCCACCCCCCACUAGCUAGCGUGUUCUUUUCGUAAUUACGUAAGAACAGGUUGGUUCUUAUUUUUGCUGUUUUUUUUUUCCUUCUUUUUUCUUUCCGCCCCCUAGCGGGCCCACUCUUCGUAGGGAGAGAGGGAAAAGCAGGAGAAGAGGGCGGGGGUGGAUCAUCGACGUGUAUUUCGAACCUGUAUAGUGAGAGUGAUCGGUGCGCAACAUUCAGUUUGACCAUAUCCCUCGACGACGAGACAGCCAAGGGCGCACCUUGUAAAAGUGAGGACAUUACCAGCCAAUGGCGCGGAACCCACUAACAUAAGUCUCAAUCUACCACCCAUAGACUCUUGAAUCUUCUUGAAUACCAGCCUAUCCCAUACGCCAUUGUUCCUCACUAUACUCUUCUUGAUCUCCCUUUCCUUCGAGCGCAUCCCAAUGUUAAAUAUCAUUCUCUUGAAGAACGAACUCUGAAGUUCCGAUUGUACCUGAUGAAAAAUAAUAUAACGUUAAAACGUAAAACUGUCGUACAUCAGUCAGAAUAUUCUAUAUUUAAAGAAGCACGAGGUAUAUCUUCCGACUCUUUCUAAGUUAUACAUAUCUAUAUAUCUAUCUAUGUUUCUAUGUAUGCAUGUAUGUAUGUUCUUUGGCAAACGACGAGACCGGCACGUCUGUUGUUCGUUUCUACGUCAAUAUCGAUUCGACUGCUAAAUGGCUUAAGUACGUGAAGCUGUCAUCCUGAAGGCCUAGACUUCGAAGCGUCUACCGAUUAUCGAUUACGAAUCCAACAAAGCGGAUAUGCCGUCAUUUUUUGUCAACCUUCGUAAUGUAGAUCUAAAGCUAAUAGAUUUGUUUGUAUUUACUGUUAGAAAACUCUCGAUUGAGUGGUUAAUAAUGCAUAUGCGUGCACCUAUGUAUAUGUGUGUGUGUGUAUGUGUAUGUAGAUUUUUGGAUCUCUUACGAUGUCUCUCACGAAGAUCGUACAAAAACGUAGCCAAGUUCAAUUUCCUCUCUUUUCGUACCUCGUGUUCAAGUCACGUUGUUUAUUGUUUGUUCAAAGAUCAACUUUCUUCGAUAUUUAUAAUUUUUCCUUUUGAUCGAAAAUAUAUAUUUAUCAGUAUUAUGAUAUGAUUAAUAAGUUAUAUCUAAUGUUUAUUUAUUCUAAACGAAAAUAACACAACGAGGAAUAGAAAAUGAUAAGUGAAGUUAAAUAUACAUAGAUAUAUCGUGGACGAUAAAGUAGUCGUAUAAAUUCUUUUCAUAUAAAAACGAGAAGAGGAAAUUUGUAACGUAACAUUAUUCUAUUCACUAUCUUUAUAAUCAAGGAAUAUAUAAACUCUCCCACGUAAAAUCUCAUGUAGAAUCUAAAUAUUAACUCGGAGAACUGACUUCUGAAAUAUUUGUAAAGUAAAGAGGAUUAUUCUAAAUUGACGAUAUGUGUCGGCCUUCGAAUUUACCGGAAAUAAUCAUCGCGUAUCAACGUUAUGCAAUAAUACGUUUUCAUGUUUUAUUAUGAACCCCUUGAUAUAUAUAUAUAUAUAUAUAUAUAUAUAUAUAUAUAUAUAUAUACAUAUUUAAUGCGUGAGACUAGACGUACAAAACUCGUGGUUUAUCAUAAACGAAUUCCAUUCAAUGAAAGCUAGCUUCCAAGGUUACUCGGAUGACAUGCCGUAAUUUUCUUUCCACCUGUCGUGCCUGUGUGUGCCGAGCGAACAUUUUACGCCCUGCAACUGCCAUUGGCACGUUGAAAGAUAUUGCGCAGUACCAACUGAAAAAUGACGGAAGAAUGAUACAAAUCGUAUCCGUCCUACGGUAAUGAUCCAUUUUUAAUAUUGUCUUAAAGAUAUUCUUGUGGUAUCUCUUUUUGGGAACGAGGUUACGUUGUUCUUCAUUACGUCGUUCCUCGUUACGUCGUUCCUGAUGCUAACUGCCAAGGAUCAUGGAUAGCUAGUCCGAUAUAUUGAUGAAUAAAUAAAAAAAAAAAAAAAAAAAAAAAAAAAAAAAUGAUGCAGAAGGGGUGGAAAGGAAAGAAAGCAGAAGUAGAAGAAGAAGGUAAAAAAAAAAAGAAACAAAAAACAAAAGAAAAGAAAAGAACAAAUUUCACUUCAACUACUCACUUUGUCGUACAUGCGAUUUAACAGCCUGGGUACAGCCGGCAUUACGGUGGGUUUUAAUGCUUUCAUAUCGUCCGAUAACCUCUUGAUAUCACCGCUGUAGAAACCGACUGAUCCUCCAACCAUAUAUAAACCAUUCUCGCAACAACGUUCCAACAUAUGUGCAAGGGGUAAAAAGCUAAUCAUGGUAUCUUUGCAGGUCGGUGUGUGAUCACCCAAUUGCAAUAGGACCGCGCAUACGCCUGCCAUUACAUUUUGAUGCGUCAACAUAACUCCUUUUGGGUUGCCCGUCGUCCCGGAAGUAUAACAAAUCGUACAAAGAUCCGUAACCCUCGGUGGUACUUCAGGUUGAUUCUUCUGUGCACCAAGUCGUUCGAUAUCCUCAAACUUUAAAAGUUCAAUCCCGCGAUUCUUCGCUCUCUGAUUCGUCGCCGGUCUCGUUUCUUUAAUGACGAUUAACUUCCUUAAACACCUGUUCAAAUAUAAUUCGAUCUUUGUUAGAAAGAAAUUUGUGAAGGGACGAUAGUGGGGUACCAAAAAAAAAAAAGAAAAAAAGAAAAAAAAAAUAGCGGGAUCAAGAGAACAAAACAAAAAAGUUGCCAUACAUAAUUCGUGCAAUAAUAAAACGAUAUAUUAUGUAUUCUGAUAAAUACCUAGGAGCUUUGUCGAGAAGUAAAUUAGAUUUCUUAUCAUCUUCGCAAACUACUAUACUGAUAUCAGCCUGGUUGAUAAUGUAUGCACACGCGUCUGGUCCUAAUGUGUCGUAAAGCGGUACAAUGACCAAUGAAUACGUGUAACAUGCUUGUUCCGUCAGGAUCCACUCAGGACAAUUUUGACUGUAUAAGCCCACCAAUGUGUGCUGACCAGGGACCAAUCCCAAGGAUACGAGACCGGAACCAAAGUUCUUUGCCCUGAGUAAAGUCUCGUUGUAGUGAAUCCAUUGGUAAGGUUUGUUAGGUCCAUCUCGCCAGCCAAGACACGGACCGUUGUCUGCGCAUUACAAAGGGUUGCCAAGAUUACUUCUUACUCGUAGAUUCAUAGAUGAUAGAGUUAAUAAGAAAGAAAGAGAGAGAGAGAGAGAGAGAGAGAGAGAAAGAGAGAAUAAUUGCCAGGUCCCGAGAAAUGUUCGAGGCUAGACUUUGUGGGAACGCAAGAAUUUAAAUUGUCACGCGACGCAUUGCCUGACAAACAUCUGUUCUGGCAAGAACUUGAGUGUACGGUUUCAUUAAAGGCGUGUACGUACAAUUACGAUCUUUGUUACCAAUGGGAAUCAUACGUUGAGGAAAAAAGCCAAUAAUAAGAUUUUCAUCAUCGGCUAGGCCAUGUUACGACGACACUAAAAUGUAAUGUUGUUUUCGGAACGACAGGUGGUCAAUAUAUCUUGCUGGUGGGCGUGAAUCUCCCUCUCUAUCUCUUUCUCUCUCUCUCUCUCUGUCUCUCUUUUUCUUUCUCUUUUUCUCUUUUACACACACGCACUAUUUAUCUUUCUAAAUUUUGUUCAAUGUAAAAAUAAAAACGAUUGGAAAUAGAUGACUGACAACCUUCUCGUAAAGGUCAUCAAAUUAUUUCCAAGAUAUGACUAAAAAGUAAAGGCUGUGACACGAUAAGAGACAAGAGAAUUGCAUUAAAGAUAGAAAGUAUUGCAGUUAAAGGCCACUAAGAUCCGAAUCAUUUCGCGCUUGUUUACAAGAUUUAAUGCGCGACCGUCGUUGCCAAACGACAUUCACAACCGCGUGGGACACGAGAAAGAGAGAGAGAGAGAGAGAGAGAGAGAGAGAGAGAAAGAGAGAGAGGAGAGAGAUCGAUCAUUUUAAUAACACUCGAAGAGAUCUUCCUCACGAACGGUAUCGACGGCACAAAGUUGUUUAUAGAUUUAAAUAAACAAUCGAGGCGUCUCAUUUAAUUUAAUCGCUGACAUUAUCCUGUUAACUUACUGGACUCUUUGGCACCUCUGCGAAAGCCUUCGUAAAGCGUCUUGGUGUCCUCGUGAAUAUAACUUAUGAACUUGCCCUCCUUGCUGUCCUUGUAGAAUCGCGAGACUCUUAUCAAAUCGGCACCCUGUAAAACGUCCAAGAGAAUUCUCUUGACAGUAUUCUCAAAACCCCUGGGUGUUCCGGUUUUUGUUAUAUAAUGAAAUGGCAAGUGCAACACUAAAUUUAGCAACCGUGCGUGGUUAGCACCGCACAGCUAGUGAAGAAGAACAUUAUCGAUUUCGUGAAUAUAAAAGAAAUUUUAUAAUGGAAAAUCGAACGAUUUGAUUUCUUUUCGACUUUCACCAAAUAUCUCUUGUAAUUGAAUUAUUUCAAGAAAAUCCGAUUUAAAGCGAUCUUGUAUUAACACUCAAAUGAGACAGAGUAAGAUGCCAAAGUGAUACAUACAAAUAUACAUACAUACACAUAUAUAUAUGCGCGCGCGCGCACGCGCGCGCGUGUGUGUGUGUGUGUGUGUGUGUGUAUGUGCAUAUAAGAAGAAGAAAAGGGAAGAAAAAAAGAAGAAGAUGAUAUAUAUAUAUAUAUGUAAACGCUGUAACGAGAAGAGACACUACACCUUGAAGGUAUCAGAUUGCUCGUUGAGGUCGAUCGGCGCGCGGAUCGGCUCGUGAAAAAACCAGCCCGAGGAUGGCAUAAUUUUUCGUACCGCGCACGGACGGAUAUUUAAUUGGGCAAUGCGUGUACGGACGCGUAUUUACGCACGCCGUGAUACGCGAUACGACGUCGUUCUUUCUUAUCCCUUAUUACAAUAUCUUAAGCAAACCUUUCAAAGGAAAUACAUUUUGGGGAAAAAAAAAAAAAAAAAAAAAAAAAAAAAAAAAAAAAAAAAUAUAAAGAAGUUUGAGAUAUAAAAGUUUAAAUAAUAAGCAAACGAGUCAGUAAUUCGUUUGAUCGUUGAGAUUCGAUAGGAAUGAGCCAAACGAGUCGUCGGAUUGAGACGAGACGUACGGGCCGAUAUGCCCGCGGUUACUGAUUCUCCUCCACUUGCUUUUUCGAGAGACCAAAUUUUGGCAUUAAAGAAGCUUGUCACGAGGUGAUGCUACCGAACUUCUACCGACUUAACUCGCUAACUAAGACGAGUAGAGUACUCUAGUUUUCAACGUUUUGACUCUCUCAUACUUCGUGCCACGAAGCGCGCACGGCCUAUUCUCUAUCCGCAAACUACUCUCGACUAUAUUUAAAUAUAGUGUCUCGUUGAUGUAGAAAGGGAGAGAGAAAGAGACAGACAGAAAGACAUAGAUAGAAAGAGAGAGAGAGAGAGAGAGAGAGAGAGUCAUUCUCGACAAAACACCGGACUUGGAUCAUCGUCUCGAUCAGAAGUACCGAUCGGUUGAUGCUAUAUUGUCCAUUCUUGAUUUUCAUCUUCUUCUUUUUUAUCAUCAUUAUCAUCAUCAUCAUCAUCAUCAUCUUCAUCAGUAUCAUCACCUUCGUUUUCUUCUUUCUUUAUUUUCCUUCCCGCCUAUGAAUUAAUCAAUCAAUCAUUAUUAUUUCAUUGAAGAUUGAUAUCUAUAUCUACGAGAUACUAUUUAAGUAUUACGUAUGAUAUUCUUCUGAUGUAACAAUUUGAUCGCAAACUUUUCUUUUAUCUCGAGAAAGAGGAUGAGAGAAUGAGAAAGAAAACAAUACGUUUUGGUUCAAGAUAAGAUUGAUAAAAACAUCGAUUGCUCCGACGAACGACUCAGCGACACGGUGCAUCUAUAUCUUCGUGAAUUGAAAUUAUUAUUUAAUAUGUAAAAAUUGUGCAUUUUUAAGAAGAAAAAUAAAAUCUGUACCAUCAUCAAGGAUCAUCUCUAUAUACGUAUGUUGUAUACAUUUAUCCAGUGAAUAAAGUAAUUUAACCGUCGCUCUAUUAUCUCAUUUUACUGUUAAGGCGAUAAGACACCCAGUUGAUUUAUUAGACAUUGGACAUUGGACAUUCGCCGAACAUCUUUUAGUCGUUUGUCAAGGUAUAGUAGUCAUGAGAAGAAAUAUACGAUGAAUUACUGAAGAAACGAGAUAAAUAUUAUAUAUGUAUCUGUGAUCGUCUCUUUUGAAGUAAUAAGGAAAGAGAAGAAAAGAAAAAAAAAAAAGACAAAAGAAAGAAAAAAUAAAGAAAAAGGGAGAAAAAAAAAGAUGGAUAGAAUGGUAUUGGAUCUAAAGAAAAAUCUAUAUGUACAAUAAAUUAGGAAUGUACAAACACGUAAAAGAUCUAUUUACAUGUAAUCAAAAAAAAAAAAAAAAAAAAAAAAACUAUUUACAUAUCGUAUACUUUAGUCUACAAUAAUUUGUUAUAUUUUUCUUACCGGAAGUAAAAUACUUUGAGCGUCGAGUGGCCACAAUGGUUUUUCCGGUUUAGGUCUUGUAGCAUAAUAUGCUGCUACACCAGUGAUUACGAGAGCUCCGGCACCGCUCAGAUACGGAAUGUAAUCCUCGAAGUUUGACUGUAACACUUGAUUUAAAAUCAUUUGAACUAAAGAGAGAACUUUAUUGAUUAGUAUUAUUAUUUUUUUCUUUUUUUGAUUGUCCAGCAUCAAUUGCAAUUAUAUACUGAAAAAAAAAAAAAGAAAAAAAGAAAUUUACUUAAAAAUUGUGCAAGGGUUAGGUGAAUACUUGAAACUAAUUAGAUCGGCAGUAUCGAGAUUUGAAAAAAGAAAAAAAAAAAAAAGAAAGUAGAGACCAGCCUUUUUUUUUCAUAAUUCAAAACAACGAUAAUUCUUUAUACGUGCCAUUAUCACUUUUUUUUUCUUUUUUUCAUCCUCAAGGUCGUUCAAGUUUAUAGACAAUAAUAAAGAACGUCGAUCAAUAAAGAUGAUAUGAUAAACAAACAUACGUAUCGGAUGACAACGAUUGUUCAUAGCUUAUUCCUUCGUCCGGUAUCGACGCAAUAUUACGUGCGCAUAACAAAGGACGAACCCCAUGUCUAUAAAAUACUACUAAUAGGGUUUUGCGAUAGUUAAACUAAACAACGGCACUGUGAUAUAGACGAUAUAGAGAAGUAAGGAUCAACGUACGACACACGAACACAAUAUUCAACGACAAAGAGUAACUUAACGAGCUUUAUGAUUACUUUACUACACGUGUUAACACGCGCUUACAGGAUAUUAUUAGGCGUGAGAAUAUGUCAGCUUAUUUUGCUUAAAAGAGCGUAUCUUUUAGUAUCAACAAAUAAUCUAUACUCACUGACGAAACGUAGAGAUUAACGUACUGUUCUCACUCGUACGUAUUCAAUGGAACAAAAACAAUCUUCCUCGUAUUCACGUUGAAAUAAACUGCGCGUCCGCACUAACGAACGAUAUCUCUCUGGGUUUCUCUAUCUCUACGCGUAUGUCUCUGUGUGUGUGUGUAUGUGUGUGUUGUGUGUGCGUCUUUCUCUCUCUUUCUCCCUCCCUCCCUCUCUCUCUCUUUCUCACGAAAAAUAUCGUAAGAAAUCUAGAAACUCGUUGAAUUCUUGCCGAAUAAUGGCACCGAAAACAGUUCGGGCCAGAAUGCAACUUUGGUCAGGGCCACGGCAUGGCCUCGUGCACAUUUGAUUUUCUUACAGAUUUUGAUAGUUCUUUAAUGAUAAUACAACGAGAAAGAAAAUUAUGACGAUGACGACGACGACGACGACGACGACGACGACGACGACGACGACGACGACGACGACGACGACUACGACUACGACUACGACGACGACAGCGACAGCGACAGCAACAGCGACGAAGACGACGACGACUGACAGGUUUGCGUUGCGUUGCGGAUUUUCGCUUGCGUAUAUACCCGCCGCGUCCUGACGUCACUCUGCAGCGAAUCGAUGAACAGUGCCGCGAGCGACCCUCCAGCACCCCCAAACGGUAACGACAAUAGCCCCGUUGCAUGUGUUGUCGCGCAAAGGCGUAGACUCUCUAUUUCUCUAUCUCUCUCUCUCUCUCUCUCUCUCUCUCUCUCUCUCUCUCUCUCUCUCUCUCUCUCUCUCUCUCUCUUUUCCAGGACAAGUUCUCUUGCAUUCGAUUUUCCUCUCGAACAGUUGGCAGGGUAGAUUUGAAGUAUAACAAAAUUGUAUGUAAGCUCGGUCGAGUGGUGGUCUGCGGUUGAUAAGAAAUUACCAACGGCAGACACUCUUAUUGGUAGCUAUUUGGAGAACGAUCCUUCUUCAAUCCGUACCAGACACAUCCGUCGAAGGACACGUGCAAACUCGCAUUCGGUGAUAGAGGCACACGGCAUAUGCCGUGUUAGUUCAUCGAUCAGAAGUGAAGGAACUUUAGUUAGGGACAACCCUUUGGAUAACUAACUCUUACCAUGUGUUCUUCUGGUUCAUGGAGUUUAAUAAUAAUUGUAAUACUCGGGAUUUGUUAUGUAUGGAAAACUGGAUUUCUCACGUGGCCACGUUCUACUAGUGUUAGAGCUACGGCGUCUAUAAGAUUAGAUCUUAGUUUGCCUACAACGGCUUUAUCGAUCAAUCGUCAUAUCUUCAAUUCGACAUCGGCUGGAAGAACGAAUGAUAAAAAUCGUAAAAGGUAUCGUGACACGGUAUCAAGAUAUAUGCUUAGACUUUACCAUUUACGUCCGGAGCAUGACGUUGUCAGAGCACUUCAGCCUAUUCACGUAUCGGCACCUGUAACCGAUGGAGGAAGGAUCGUUGAGUUUUCUCUACCGUUAGUUGAUUCACAGGAAACAUUGGAAACCGCCGAAUUGCUUGGUACCGCGGGUACUAUAUUUAGAGUAAGGAGCAUAGACGAGAUUUCGAGAAAGACGACUCGGGAAAAAAUGUCAAGGUCAAGAAGGGAUGAAACUUGGAGAGCCUUCAACGUAACAUCAGCGGUCGCUAAAAGAAACGGGAAUCUCGUUAGAUUACAUGUACAUGGAAGGGUCUCUUAUAGGCCAAGAGCUGACGGGCCAAUUUUGUUGUUGAGUUAUAGGAAACCAAAGAGAAGGAAGAGGUAUCGUCGGUCAACGUCCUUGGAACAGGACGAUAACGAGGAAAAUAUACGUUGGGAGGAUGAUAGUCCUCGACGAAGGCGUAGAAACUCUUGCAAAAAGCGUCCACUUUAUGUUGACUUUGCUUUGAUCGCUUAUGACGAUUGGGUCGUGGCACCGCCGGGAUACGAAGCGUAUCAAUGCGCUGGAAAGUGUUAUUACCCGUUCGGUGAUCAUCUCAGUCCGACGAAACACGCCAUAGUUCAAACCCUCGUACACGGUGCUCUUCAACGUACCGAAAGUAUAAAUGGUAAUAAACCUGUCGGAAGAGCCUGUUGCGUUCCAACGAGAUUAGCACCCACAAGUUUGCUCUAUCUCGAUUCAACUGGUACUUUAACGUAUCAGUAUGGUUACGAAGAUAUGGUGGUAGCGGAAUGUGGUUGUCGGUGAUCAUCGUAUAAGUCGUUUUUUCAUUUUCUUUUUUUUUUUGUUUUGUUUUUUUUUCUUUUUCUUCCCCAUCCCCUUCACCCCCCCCCAUCUCCCUCCCCCUAAAAUCUACAUAUUAUACUCGAUUAAAGCAUCAUUAUCAUUUGCAGAUAUUUUAUAAGGUUUAAUGUUAUAACUUUACAGAUCCUUUUUAUUAAUAAAAUUUUAAUCCUUUAUCUACAAACAUGUCACUUUUAUAAAUAGCAUCCUUGGCGAGUAAUGAAAGGAAAAAAAAAAAAAAAAAAAAUUAUUAGGGCUAACUUACGCGCGCGCGCAUACGAUCAUAUACAAAAUACAAGUAAUUCUAAGUCUCUCUUUGUUGUUCGUGUAAAUUUAUAAAUAUCCUAUUGUAUGACAACGCAUAUAAUCGAUUUUAAAGUCUCGAUUUCAAUUUUCAAAUAUAGAUUAUUACUUAGCUAGACACUUUAGAACACAUUUCGUUAUUCUUUCUGUUAAGCAGAUACGAUCUGCCAGGUGAAAAGAGUCUUAUUCUUCGUGUUUUUCGUAAUCUAUGCCUGCUGUUUGGUAUCCUCUCGAUCUUAUAGAUCUGUUGUUUGAUCAAUGUGUCAGGUUGACUGAGUCUCAUGCAUAAGGAGACUUGACCAGAAAAAUCCACGUCGGUUGUUAAUUCCAAUUUCGGUUCCAUUGUCAAUGAAUAUUCUGUCAUACUUUGGACAAAAUUUGAACGCAAUUUGCUACCACCUUGGAUUACGAUACCGGCACUCAUGUCUACCAAGGAAUGAGCAUUUCUCGACCAAAGACUCAAUUGAAUUUGUCCGGCAAGAUCGAAACUCAUGGCACCUUGAACAUCCAUUUCAUUAACAAAACCAGCUGUAAGUGGUAUAAAUUCGCUGUGACUGUGCAAAGAUGUUAUCGCUUGGAAAGCUGGUGUUCUUUCGGAUGCUGUUCCGGACCAAACGUGUCCCAUCAAUUCACCUUGGCCUGAGAAGAACACGAAAGGUCUAAUACCGACACCUAACAAAUCGAUUUCCAUUCCAGCCGUAGGUAUUUCUUCGUCGGCAUCUGCAUUAUCAUCCUGAUUCGAAGAUACGAAAUUACCAAGACCACGUGCGAAAAGACCAAGAGAAAACAUUGUUUCCUCGUGUUCACCGGUUUCUAAUACUACGUUUACAAUACCACGUUUCAAUAAUCCUGCAUUAAUCUCUUGUAUUGUUACGAGAGAUCCAUUACUACCCUUUGAUUUUAAGAAGCUCCGUGAAAAAGCCGUACUCAAUCCUUUUUGAGCUAAUACAUGAUAAUUAUUAAUUUCCCGUUGUAGUUGAUCGAAAUUCUCUUUCAAAUUACGUGCGAACGUUUGAUUCUUUUCAGACAAUUGUUCAAAACGUUGAUUCAAAUAUUUACGUAUCUCGUAUGCCAGAUCAUUAUUGGCUAAUGAUUCGAUGAGUUCUCGAAGUUCCUCCUUGGACGGUCCACUCUCUAGAAUGAUAUCCAAUGCAAGAGUACGAGCACUGCUGUCUCUUUUAGAUUUACCGAUCUGAUAAAACGUCUUAAAUGCAGCUUCCUUAACGUCAGACGUUAUAUAUUCA